ACGAGGACUGGAUGCUUGACCUGUCGCUCUCGAAAGAAGAAGUGUGACGAAGUCAGGCCGCGAUGCGCGGGGUGUCGACGUAAUGUGCUCGAUUGCACAUGGCCAGCAUAUGUUGCCUGGAACGGAGGCAGCCAGACAGAUGCCAUGCAGCCGCGACCCGGGGAUGAUGAUCGUAUCGAUAAUCAGGCACGAGUACAAGCCUCCCCUGGCCCUGGCCAGUAUCCAAGCAUUUACACUGGGGAUGAUCGGGCAUGUGCGCUCACGCCUCACUCUGUCCUUCUGCUUGGGCAUUUUGCCAGGGAAACUGUAUCCUUCUUCGCCAUGACACCUCUUAAAAACAAUCCCCUCCUCACGCUUCUAAUGCCUCUCGGUUAUAUGGACGAUCUGCUCAUGCAUGGCCUCUUGGCCCUCGGCGGCGCCCAUUUGGCACACAAGAACCCUACCAAUAUCGUAUUGGCAGAUUCAACCAGGCUACAUUACGCAAACCUCAUCAGAGGCUUGAGAACCGAAAUUGCACGCCUCGAUGACAACGACCUGGAGUGCAAAGAAAGACUAUUAAGUGUUUUAGUCGUCACAUGUCUUUACGAGAUUGUUUCUGGGAAUACCCAAGGUGCAAUGUUCAAACACCUCCAUGCCAGUCGGGGACUUAUUUUGUCGCUUCUCGACGAUGGAUCAACUAAAUCUACAUCCUCAAUAAUUAAUUGCGAAAGACUGAGCUUCAGCAUUGAGCUGUACAGAUAUCUGGUCUUUUCGAACACGCUUACGCCAUAUGGAAGUCCUUCAGAGCGUUCCUUGCCUUUGGACCCAUUUCUGGCGAACAUUGAAAAGCCUCAAAUGACAGUACCUUUGAGCCUUGAGCCUAUAUUUGCCGGAACCUGCGGGCUGUUCCGACUCGUGCCACUGAUAAGCGUGAUAGCUUCACAAAGGCUCAAUGAAGAGUCGCGAGGUCUCGAUUCGCCAUCGCUGAAUCUUAUUAGGAUAAGCGAUGAUCUCUACAACCGUAUCCAAUCUUGGCGACUUGAUCCCCGGUACCAGGAGGGCGAUGGCGACAGACGAGAGCAAAUCAGCCGUGUGGCCGAGAUGAUACGACUCGGCCUGUACAUCUACCUCAAAUCGGCACUCGCCGGCUCAGUCAUCUCCGACGCAGCCGAUCUGUGUGCCAUCCAAGGCCAUAUAAGCCAACUGUACAGCUACGCCCAUGUGGUCCUCGCCUCGCCGUAUACGGCCAUCUUGCUAUGGCCUGUCGUGAUUGCGGGGUCCUGCACGCUCAUCCCUGACGAGCAAAAGGUCCUCCUACGCGAGAUAUACUCGAUGAAGUACGGCAUGAAGCACAUGGCUAUUGUUGGGGAUGUCCUGCAGCUGCUGUGGGAUGAUCCGGAUCCUCGGGCGUAUGGUCCUUACGGGCUACAUUUUAUAAUGCAGAAGCACGGUUUGUGUGUGGGACUCGCAUAA